AUGGGAUAUGGACUGAAGUGGAGAAGAUGGAUACAGUGUUGUGUUGAGCAUGUAAGGUUCUCAGUGCUUAUUAGUGGUUCAUCUGAGGGGUACUUCAAAAGUAAAAAGGGAAUCAGGCAAGGUGAUCCUUUGUCACCAUUCUUAUUUUUAAUUGUUGGUGAAGCACUUACUGCAAUGAUGAAGAAGGCUCAGGAAGAUGGUUUUAUUAAUGGCUUUCAAGUGUCAAAUACAGGUACAAAGGUUAGUCAUCUGCAGUUCAUUGCAAAGCUUGCAUGGUGGAAAAGACCUUAUCCUACAAGAGCUGGUAAGAUUGCUCUUAUUAAUAGUGUUCUCUCCAGUUUUCCGGUUUAUUUUAUGUCUUUGUUUGAUAUGCCAAAGUUUGUGGAGCUCAAACUGGGAAGGAUAAUGAAGAAUUUUUUGUGGAAUGAUAACAAAGGUCACAGGAAGCUGCACUUGGUUAAAUGGGAUGCAGUCUGUAGAAGGAGGAAAAAUUGA